GGAGCUGAGGGCAGUGGGGUAUGAGGCAGAGCUAGAGUAAGUGAUUUUUCCCCCCUUUUGGAGUGCUGGAUGGAGCACGUGAAGGUUCCAGCACCUCUCAACUCUGCCAAGAUGCCAGUCAGGAAGCAUGGCCAGCACAUGAACCUGUUCAAGAACAAGGGCAAGGAUGAAACUACCCUGCGGAGGCAGAGGGUGGAGAUGAGCGUUGAGCUGAGAAAAGCCAAGAAGGAUGAGCAGAUCCUGAAGCGCAGAAACAUUUCCAUUAAUUUGAAGGAGGAGAAUCCCUCUCCGGGAAAAGCAGCUGAGGUGAUUAUCCAGCCGUCCUUGGAGGAGAUCCUGGAAGCUGUGAAUGGGGAAGACACCCAGCUGCAGCUGCUCGCCACCCAGGCCACCAGGAGACUUCUGUCCAGGCACAAGGACCCCCCCAUCAAUCAGAUCAUCGAGCUGGGCAUCAUCCCCAGGAUGGUGGAGUUCCUGGGCCGUGCUGACAAUGCUGCCCUGCAGUUUGAGGCAGCCUGGGCACUGACCAACAUUGCCUCUGGCACCUCGGAGCACACCAGGGCCGUGGUGGAGGGAGGAGCCAUCCCAGCCUUCAUCUCCCUGCUGUCCUCCCCACACAUGCACAUCAGCGAGCAGUCAGUGUGGGCCCUGGGCAACAUUGCAGGGGAUGGCCCCAUCUACAGGGAUGCUCUUAUUGCUCGUGAUGUGAUUCCUCCCUUGCUGGCUCUGGUGUCACCUGCAACUCCAGUUGGGUUCCUGAGGAACAUCACCUGGACACUGUCAAACCUGUGCAGGAACAAGAACCCCUGCCCUCCCUUGGAUGCUGUGCAGAAGAUUCUGCCAGUCCUCGUCAUCCUCCUGCAGCACGAGGACAAGGAUGUCAUCUCUGACUCCUGCUGGGCUGUUUCCUACCUGACUGAUGGCUGCAAUGAUCGCAUCCAGGUUGUGGUGGAGACAGGGAUUCUCCCAAGGCUUGUGGAACUCAUGGACAGCCCAGAUUUGAUUGUUAUGACUCCAGCUCUGCGUGCCAUCGGGAAUGUGGUCACAGGCACAGACCAGCAGACCCAGGAAGCCAUCGACGCCGGGGCCCUGGCUGUCCUGCCCCGGCUGCUCAGGCACUCCAAGCCAGUCAUCCAGAAGGAAGCAGCAUGGACCCUCAGCAACAUUGCAGCAGGGCCUUCCCACCAGAUCCAGCAGAUCAUCACCUGUGGGUUGUUGCCACCUUUGGUGGAGCUGCUCGACAAGGGUGAUUUCAAGGCUCAGAAGGAGGCUGUGUGGGUGGUGGCCAACUUCACCACUGGAGCAACAGUGCAUCAGGUGGUGGAGCUCGUCCGUUCCGGGGUCCUCAAACCUCUGCUCAACCUGCUCUUGGUCAAAGACAGCAAAACCAUCCUGAUCAUCCUGGACACCAUUUCAAAUCUCUUCCUGGCAGCUGAGAAGUUGGGAGAGACUGAGAAGCUGUGUCUGCUGGUGGAAGAACUCGAUGGUCUGGAGAAAAUUGAGAACUUGCAGAACCAUGAGAAUGACAUGGUCUACAGAGCUGCCCUGGACAUCAUAGAGAAAUACUUUUCUGGUGAGGAGAAUAUUAACCUGGAGCCCCAGACUGGCCAAGAUGGGCUGUAUGAUUUCUCAGUAGAGAAGCAAGACUUCAACUUCUGAAGAUGAAGCAUGACACAGCUCUAAACUGGUGGGUGGAGGUACCUUGGAGGAGCUCAGACAUCCAAACCAUGAGAGGCAGAGAUGCUGAGCCUUUUUACUUCUGAAAUUUGUCAAUAAAGUUGCACUUUUGGCUUUGUA